AUGAAAGUGAAAAGAUUUGGAAGGACUCCGUCCAACGAGAGAUUCAUGAGAUUCGGCAGCUCAAUUAGUAAACACCUAUGGGCAUGGCACGAUACUAGUAUCAAAGCCAGAAGAACGAGCACACGUAGCAUAUCGAGGGGUGGUGAAUCAUCAACCAAAACGACGAGUGCAAAAGCAGAAGUAAGCUGUGGUUUGGAGAAUACAGUAAAUUGUAGUCAGUACUGCACCAGCCAGCAAAUCGAUCAAUCAGUGGGUAUUUCUAACUUAGGUGCAAAUAAGAAUAUGGUCAUUAAUGGCGACAACGAUCGACGGGUACUUCGUGAAUUGUUGAAUGAUGAUGAUGGUGAAGUAGUUGAAAAUAUGGCAAUGUUGGAGUGUUCUGAAAGUGCUAUUAAUCCAGCAGCGUCCCAUCCGAGUGCAUCUUUGCCGCAUUUGGAAUCAUCCGAAGUUCUUUCACGGAGUCCCAUUCGAUGCUUUGAAUCUCAUAUCCAAAUUCCACCAUCCAGUUUAACAAAGUUGCGUGAAAGUAAUAUCAGAUCACCAUAUUUUCUUUCCGUCAUAUCAUCUGAUGGUGGCACAGUUCUUUCUACAACAUCGCGCAAAAUGCCUGCCCAGUUACUAAGGAAUACCAGCGGAGAUCCCGAACAGAUGUGGAAAUUAAUGUGUGAAAAAAGUCAGAAAUAUAUCAGAAAUAGUCGCAUGAUGGACCUGCAUCCUCAGUUACUUUUAUCAAUGCGAACCGUUUUGUUUGAUUGGAUGAUGGACGUUUGUGCAGCGGAAAAAUUACACCGUGAAACAUUUUAUUUGGCAAUGGAAUAUAUGGAUCGCUUCUUGUCUUCCUUUGAGGAGCUACCACCGUCGGAGUUACAGAUGUUUGGCACCGUAGCGAUUCAUAUAGCAUGCAAAUUUGAGGAGGUUUAUCCACCUAAACUUAAAACACUCGUGGCAUAUACUGAUGGAGCAUGUAGUGUAUCCGAGGCCCUUUCGGCUGAACGAGUUAUGCUGAAGCAUUUGCGCUGGAUGUUGAAUCCACUGACAGCAAUUCAUUGGUUAGGCGUUUAUUUGCUGUUGUUGGAAGAAAUUAUAUGUGAAUGUAAAGGGAAGUUAGAUGAAAGUGCUCGGAAUAAACAUCAGCAAGCAGACGGUAAUGCUAAAAAAAGUGAACCAACUUGUGAAUUAAAGCAGUCAUGCAAUAAUUACAACUUUUUGCGUGAUACAUCCUUUCAAUUCUCAAAAUUCACGCGUACCGCUUUCAUCACUAUGGCACAGGUUCUCGAUUCGUGCAUGUUGGAUCCAUGUAGUAUCAAAUAUGAUUAUGCUGUGCUAGCCGCAGCCGUAAUCAGUUGUUAUUUUGAACCGGUUGCGUUUAUCGAACAGAUCACAGGCUUUCAAAUGGAGCAACUGUAUAGCGUUUGUGAAUUUGUUGAGCCAUAUGUAUACUUAUGGGAGAGGCGUCGUUCACCUGGUUAUUUAAUGCCAUCAUAUGAGGGUAUCGAUCCAAGUGAUAGUCAUAAUAUUCAAACGCAUUUUGAGUAUGAUGGAUAUAUGGUGAGUAUAAAUCAAUCUGUUCAUUCAAUAUGA